AAAUUCAAAUCCAAACAACACGCUUUUCCUUCUCUCAUUUCUUUCUUUCUUUCAAACACAAAAGCCUUUUCUCUCUCUAAACUCUCAGGUCGGCGAAAUCGUCACCGCCCGUGGAUCUUUCUUGCUCUGCUUCUGCGAGGUCGUUUCACGGCGAAUCUGUGCAGAUCCAGGGGUGAUCUGAGUCUGAAGGUUGUAAUCGGCGGCGUUGAUCUUGGUUGUGAUUGAGAAAUGGAGAAUCUUAUCUCUUUGGUGAAUAAAAUCCAGAGAGCUUGUACUGCUCUUGGUGACCAUGGGGAAGCUAAUGCAUUGCCUACUCUAUGGGACGCCUUGCCUGCGAUCGCUGUUGUUGGUGGUCAGAGUUCCGGGAAGUCUUCAGUGUUGGAGAGUGUUGUUGGCAAGGACUUUUUACCUCGUGGAUCUGGAAUUGUUACUCGGCGUCCUCUUGUGUUGCAGCUUCAUAAAAUUGCCGAAGGCAGCAGAGAAUAUGCGGAGUUUCUCCACCUUCCGAGAAAAAGAUUUACUGAUUUCGCUGCUGUGAGGAAGGAGAUUAGUGAUGAGACAGAUAGAGAAACUGGCCGCAGCAAACAAAUCUCUAGCGUUCCAAUUCAUCUCAGCAUAUUUUCUCCUAAUGUUGUCAACUUGACACUUAUCGAUCUUCCCGGGCUUACAAAAGUGGCAGUUGAUGGUCAGUCAGAGAAUAUUGUGCAAGACAUUGAGAAUAUGGUUCGUGCCUACAUUGAAAAGCCUAAUUGCAUUAUUUUAGCAGUCUCACCUGCCAAUCAAGAUCUUGCAACAUCAGAUGCAAUUAAGAUAUCUCGUGAAGUAGAUCCUACAGGGGAGAGGACAUUAGGUGUCUUGACAAAGAUUGAUCUUAUGGACAAGGGUACUGACGCAGUUGAGAUUUUGGAGGGGAAGUCUUAUAGGCUUAAGUUUCCGUGGGUUGGAGUUGUCAAUCGUUCACAACAAGAUAUUAAUAAGAAUGUUGACAUGAUUGCUGCUCGACGUCGGGAGCGUGAGUACUUUGCUACUACACCAGAAUAUAAGCACCUUGCUCACAGAAUGGGAUCUGAGCAUCUAGCAAAGAUGCUUUCUAAGCAUUUGGAAACAGUUAUCAAGUCCAAAAUUCCUGGCAUCCAGUCCCUUAUAGCUAAGACAGUUUCUGAUCUUGAAACCGAACUGUCUCGUCUUGGAAAGCCUAUUGCUGCUGAUGCCGGAGGAAAGCUAUACUCAAUCAUGGAAAUUUGUAGAAUUUUUGAUCAGAUAUACAAGGAGCAUCUUGAUGGAGUGCGUCCCGGUGGUGAUAAGAUCUACAACGUAUUUGACAACCAGCUUCCUGCUGCCCUAAAAAGACUGCAAUUUGAUAAGCAGCUCGCGAUGGAAAAUAUAAGGAAGCUCAUAACUGAGGCAGAUGGUUAUCAGCCUCAUUUGAUAGCUCCAGAGCAAGGAUACCGUCGACUCAUUGAAUCUACUUUAAUUACCAUCAGAGGUCCUGCAGAGGCAGCUGUUGAUGCGGUCCAUUCCCUAUUGAAAGACCUCAUUCACAAGGCUAUCAAUGAGACUCUGGAGUUAAGGCAAUAUCCUGGUCUUAGAGUAGAGGUGACAAAUGCAGCGAUUGAGUCUCUCGAGAGAAUGAGGGACGAGAGCAAGAAAGCCACGCUUCAGCUUGUUGAUAUGGAAAGUAGUUACUUGACCGUUGACUUCUUCCGUAAACUUCCUCAAGACGUUGAAAAGGGUGGCAACCCAUCACAUUCCAUCUUCGACAGAUACAACGAUUCAUAUCUAAGGCGAAUUGGAACAACUGUUUUGGCAUACGUCAAUAUGGUCUGCUCAAGUCUUCGUAACUCCAUUCCGAAAUCCAUUGUCUAUUGUCAAGUCCGAGAAGCAAAGCGAAGCUUACUCGACCAUUUCUUCGCUGACUUGGGAAAAUUGGAGCAAAAGCGAUUGUCGUCAUUGUUGAACGAGGAUCCAGCUGUGAUGGAGCGACGAGCGGCCCUCGCCAAGAGGCUGGAGUUAUACAGGAGUGCUCAAGCUGAAAUUGAUUCAGUUGCUUGGUCCAAAUAGAAAGAAGAUGAUGAUGAUGAAGAGGCUUUGAUUUAUAAUAUCAUUCAUUCCCCCGGUUAUAUAUAUGUGUACAUAUAUGUACAUAUAUAUAUUUCUAGGGAGAAAGGAGUAUUUGGGGUAUUUGUCCUGGUAAAUUUUUUUGUGUACUAAUGUAAAAAUUGGUAAGAGGAGGAGGGUUGGGUGAAAUGGGGGUUGUGUCAUCGUUUAGAAGGAUGACAUUAUUCGUCGUCGUUUUGAUUUUGAAAUUGCUUUUACAAUAUAUACUUUAUGAUAUAAUAUGGUUGUAUCAUUAUUUUACUCUUUAGUGAUUUCUUUCUAUUGUGCUA